AUGUCCAGACGGCGUUCAGCAUUUCAAAGUGUUGCGCGACGCGUCCAGCAAGUUCUUCCUGUGGGUGGUGAAGUUCAACUCGCUGAACGAGCUGGUGGACUACCAUCGCACCGCCUCCGUCAGCCGCCUGCAGGACGUCAAGCUGAGAGACGUGGUGCCCGAAGAGAUGCUGGUGCAGGCGCUGUACGACUUCACUCCGCAGGAGGCGGGCGAGCUGGAGUUCAGGCGCGGUGACGUCAUCACCGUCACUGACCGCUCCGACCAGAACUGGUGGCAGGGGGAGAUAGCGCACCGCCGGGGCAUGUUCCCAGCGUCGUACGUGACGGCGUACCACUCGUCAUAGUGUGCGCGGCCGAGCCUUGCCCCUACUCACCGCGGGUAGCGCCACCAUAUCAACACAACAACAGUUGACACACACAUUACACAUUCGCAGUGUGGUCGCCAGUCGAGGCGUGGUUUGUUUUGAGCAGCGAGACGGUCGCCGCAUGCGUGCAGUUUGUUUACGCGUAAUGUAUUAACGAUUAUAUUAUGGUGCUUUGUGUCUUACAGCUGUUUGAUUACGAGCGAAUCGGUAACGCAACCCUUUUAUAGAACAAUAAUGGUCGUAAACGUCGUCGGUCAUUUUGGUCGUGAUUUUAAAAUGCCUUGUUUUUAUUCGCAAUGUAAGAAUUAAUUGGUAGUACAAAAAUGUGAAUGUUUUAUGAAAAAUUGAUAAAAAAAAUUAUUAAAUCUUAUUUCGUGUCGUGUCCGCAUGUUUUUUGUAACGAAUUUAUGGUAUUUUGAUUUUUUUUUGUUUUUUUUUUUUAUAAUUGUGACAUUUUUUAUACAUGAUACGCGAGUGAUAUUUAAUCAUUUUACAAUGUGCCAGAAUGUUAUUUGUAGUUUUUUGAAGUAUAUGUUUUAGUGAAAUAAUGUUGGAAGGGAACGUGCGCGGGCGCCAGCGGUCGCCGAGGCCGGCUGGCUGUCGCGACUCUCUCUCAUGUGUUUACGUGAUCUUUACAACUAUGACCAUUAUUUAUCCUUCUCUUAGUCUGUACUGCUCAUUCUAAAUAUCUAUCGUUUAUUAGUUUAGAUGUAAGUUUUUAAGUGAGUUUUUUUUAAAAUAUUUUAUCUUACUUUUUUAUGAUUGAUAUAUACAAUUAUUAUGUAUAAUCUGAUAUUUUAGUCGCAUAGAUAUAUAAAAUGUAGUAUCCCCCGACAAAUGCUUAGCUCUUCGUUAGUGUAAUUCGUGUUCCGUUUGCGUUGCGCACAAUAUGUCCCCCUAACGCGUUGAAUUGUACGAUUGUUUGGCAUUUUAUUGAUAUGUGACGGUAUUUCGUACGGACGAUGUCUACUGUCUGGUAUAAUGAUAAUAAUUAUAAUAAUAUAGCGUAACACCAAGCUUGUAUCGCUUCUAAUGUUUAUUUGACGCGGAUUAUAAACUCGGUAUGUUGUCGAAUGGUAAUGUGGAAUAAAAAUUAUAUUAAAAUUGAAACUAUCACCAAUAUUAGUUAUAAAUUAAUUCAAUUCUAUAGUAAGGUAAAGAGUGCGUAGUUAGCCGGUAGCGUUGGAGUACGCAACUACAGUCGGUGAGACGUUGUGAUCCGGAGCGGUCUGACAUCGUGGCACUGGCCACCACCUCGCCACCACAUCGCCACCACAUCACCACCACAUCGCCACCACUUCGCCACUCGGCAGUGUCAUUGUACUUAGUUAGCGUUUAACGUUGACCGAAUGUAGAUAUUUAUUUUUGUUAUAUUGUAUUGUACCCGAAAUUCUUAUAUUUAUGUAUGAAUACUUAUAGAAUUUGAAUAGUGAUUGACGAACCUGAAAAGUAUCCUUAGACAUCGUUAGAUGUAAGCGAUUAUAAAUUCCUUUGUACCCUGCAUGUAUCGACGUAUCGAAAGCAUUUAAAUGUGUGUACUGUGUACCCGUUGCGUGUUUGGCCUCGGCGGGGCUUCGCUGGCCUCAACUGGCCUCAACCGGCCUCAGCGGGGCUUUACCGAGCCUCCUGUGUCUCGUCACAUGUUCGACCAGCGAGGAAACGUAAUACCGAUAACUGUGUCCAUUGAUUUGUGCUUCACGCUGUAGUGACAAGUGCAUGUCGAGUUUUAUAAAAUUUGAAGUACUAUAAUCUUAUAACAAAUAUUUAAAUAAGUUAUCAAUUCCCCAAUAUUGUGGAAGAUGUAUAAUAUUUUUUACUAAUAAAUUUAAUAUUGUA